CUACUGCUCAAACGGUAUUUAAUAAUUGUGAGCGAAACACUUUAAGGUUUACCAGCGCUUGUUAUUUGUGAUAAUUUUCUGUGAAAAUAAGUGAGCUUUGAAAUAUAUAUAUAUAAGGAAAAAUCUUUUUAAAGAAAAUAAGCAAACUAUAUUGAGAAUUACUGCAGAGGAGAACCAAUAUUUUUUAUUGAAAAAGUAAUUUCUUUGUGAAAAAGAAGGUUAAACACCCUUUCCAAAAUGCAAAUCUUCGUGAAGACCUUGACUGGCAAGACCAUCACUCUGGAGGUUGAACCAUCCGAUACUAUUGAAAAUGUUAAAGCUAAGAUUCAAGACAAAGAAGGAAUCCCCCCAGAUCAACAACGUUUAAUCUUUGCCGGUAAACAACUGGAAGACGGGCGCACUCUGUCCGAUUACAACAUCCAGAAGGAGUCUACACUUCAUUUGGUUCUUCGUCUACGUGGUGGCAUGCAGAUUUUCGUCAAAACUUUGACGGGAAAAACCAUCACUUUGGAGGUUGAGCCUUCCGAUACAAUUGAGAAUGUCAAAGCUAAAAUUCAAGAUAAGGAAGGAAUCCCCCCAGAUCAACAACGUUUGAUUUUCGCUGGCAAACAGUUGGAGGAUGGACGCACACUGUCCGACUAUAAUAUUCAGAAGGAAUCCACUCUACAUUUAGUUCUACGCUUACGUGGUGGUAUGCAAAUCUUCGUUAAAACUUUGACGGGUAAAACAAUUACGCUGGAGGUUGAACCUUCCGAUACAAUUGAAAACGUUAAAGCAAAAAUUCAGGACAAGGAGGGUAUUCCUCCAGAUCAACAACGUUUAAUCUUCGCCGGAAAGCAAUUGGAGGACGGACGUACAUUGUCCGAUUACAACAUCCAAAAGGAAUCAACUCUUCACUUGGUAUUACGUCUCCGUGGUGGUAUGCAAAUCUUCGUGAAGACCCUCACCGGCAAAACCAUCACAUUGGAAGUCGAGCCCUCAGAUACCAUUGAGAAUGUUAAGGCUAAAAUCCAAGAUAAGGAAGGUAUUCCUCCAGAUCAACAACGUUUAAUCUUCGCCGGCAAGCAAUUGGAGGACGGACGUACAUUGUCCGACUACAAUAUCCAGAAGGAGUCUACUCUUCACUUGGUAUUGCGUCUCCGUGGUGGUAUGCAAAUCUUCGUGAAGACCCUCACCGGCAAAACCAUCACCUUGGAAGUUGAACCUUCGGAUACCAUUGAGAACGUUAAGGCUAAGAUCCAAGACAAGGAAGGCAUUCCCCCAGAUCAACAACGUUUGAUCUUCGCCGGUAAGCAGUUGGAGGACGGACGCACAUUGUCCGAUUACAACAUCCAAAAGGAGUCUACUCUUCACUUGGUAUUGCGUCUCCGUGGUGGUAUGCAAAUCUUCGUGAAGACCCUCACUGGCAAAACCAUCACCUUGGAAGUUGAGCCUUCAGAUACCAUUGAGAAUGUUAAGGCCAAAAUCCAAGAUAAGGAGGGAAUCCCACCAGAUCAACAACGUUUGAUCUUCGCUGGCAAGCAAUUGGAGGACGGACGUACCUUGUCCGACUACAACAUUCAGAAGGAAUCAACCCUCCACUUAGUCCUUCGUUUGCGUGGUGGUAUGCAAAUCUUCGUGAAGACCCUCACCGGCAAAACCAUCACCUUGGAAGUUGAGCCUUCAGAUACCAUUGAGAAUGUUAAGGCCAAAAUCCAAGAUAAGGAGGGAAUCCCACCAGAUCAACAACGUUUGAUUUUUGCCGGCAAGCAACUUGAGGAUGGACGUACUUUGUCCGAUUACAACAUCCAAAAGGAAUCAACUCUUCACUUGGUAUUACGUCUCCGUGGUGGUAUGCAAAUCUUCGUGAAGACCCUCACCGGCAAAACUAUUACUUUGGAAGUUGAGCCAUCUGACACCAUUGAGAAUGUUAAGGCUAAAAUCCAAGAUAAGGAGGGAAUCCCACCAGAUCAACAACGUUUGAUCUUUGCUGGCAAGCAGUUGGAGGACGGACGCACAUUGUCGGACUACAACAUUCAGAAGGAAUCAACCCUCCACUUAGUUCUUCGCUUGCGUGGUGGUAUGCAAAUCUUCGUGAAGACCCUCACCGGCAAAACUAUUACUUUGGAAGUCGAGCCAUCUGACACCAUUGAGAAUGUCAAAGCCAAAAUCCAAGAUAAGGAGGGAAUCCCACCAGAUCAACAACGUUUGAUUUUCGCCGGCAAGCAAUUGGAGGACGGACGUACCUUGUCCGAUUACAACAUUCAAAAGGAGUCUACUCUUCACUUGGUAUUGCGUCUCCGUGGUGGUAUGCAAAUCUUCGUGAAGACCCUCACUGGCAAAACUAUAACUUUGGAAGUUGAGCCUUCGGAUACUAUUGAGAAUGUUAAGGCUAAAAUCCAAGAUAAGGAGGGAAUCCCACCAGAUCAACAACGUUUGAUCUUCGCUGGCAAGCAAUUGGAGGACGGACGUACCUUGUCCGACUACAACAUUCAGAAGGAAUCAACCCUCCACUUAGUCCUUCGCUUGCGUGGUGGUAUGCAAAUCUUCGUGAAGACCCUCACCGGCAAAACCAUCACCUUGGAAGUUGAACCUUCAGAUACCAUUGAGAAUGUUAAGGCCAAAAUCCAAGAUAAAGAGGGAAUCCCACCAGAUCAACAACGUUUGAUCUUCGCUGGCAAGCAAUUGGAGGACGGACGUACCUUGUCCGACUACAACAUUCAGAAGGAAUCAACCCUCCACUUAGUCCUUCGCUUGCGUGGUGGUAUGCAAAUCUUCGUGAAGACCCUCACCGGCAAAACCAUCACCUUGGAAGUUGAGCCUUCAGAUACCAUUGAGAAUGUUAAGGCCAAAAUCCAAGAUAAGGAGGGAAUCCCACCAGAUCAACAACGUUUGAUCUUCGCUGGCAAACAGUUGGAGGACGGACGCACAUUGUCCGAUUACAACAUCCAAAAGGAGUCUACUCUUCACUUGGUAUUGCGUCUCCGUGGUGGUAUGCAAAUCUUCGUGAAGACCCUCACUGGCAAAACCAUAACCUUGGAAGUCGAGCCUUCAGAUACAAUUGAGAAUGUUAAGGCUAAAAUCCAAGAUAAGGAGGGAAUCCCACCAGAUCAACAACGUUUAAUUUUUGCCGGCAAGCAACUUGAGGAUGGACGUACUUUGUCCGACUACAAUAUACAGAAGGAAUCGACACUCCAUUUGGUGCUACGUCUUCGCGGAGGCGCAUUCUAAAUUUAAAUAGAAAAUCGCCAAAUUCAAAAUUCAAGAGUAUUCAAUGUAUCUCGUUAAUUUAGCUCUAUUUUGUAAUUUAACGCUUUUUACAUCAGUUCUGAUUAAAAAUUGAAAUAUACCGUUUUUAUGUUUAAAAGAAAAUAAAUUAUCUGAUGCACUAUUUCAAGAAAA